AUGGCGUCCGGCGUCAGGCAGUUCCCCACCAUCAAGGCCGUUCGGUCCUAUGUCAUUGACGGCGUCGGUGCUGGAGGCGAUUACCACAACGUCAAGGGUGGUCACUGGCUGAUCGACUCGCCCAUCUCGACCCCCUCUUCGCGAUGGGAGAAGUACCGCAAGUCCCGUACCAGCUGGGGCAUCAACGUCCUCGGCUCCUUCUUCGUCGAGAUUGAGGCCACCGACGACACCCUCAUCGGUGGUGCCACCAAGGACCGCAUGGACUUCUACUGCACCGGCCCCAACCCGCCCGCCGCCAAGGCCAUGGGCUUCUGGGGUGCCAAGGUCGCCCUGCCCUACUGCCCCGACGAGGGCCAUAUUGGCCUCAAGAAGAACGUCGAGUACCUGCGCGCCAUGCCCGAGAGCGUCGGCCCCGACUUCCCCCUCAUGGUCGACUGCUACAUGUCGCUCAACGUGUCCUACAUCAUCGAGCUCGCCAAGGCCUGCGAGGACAUCAACAUCAACUGGUGGGAGGAGUGCCUGUCGCCCGAUGACACGGACGGCUUUGAGCAGAUCAAGCGCGCCCACCCCACCAAGAAGUUCACGACGGGCGAGCACGAGUACUCGCGCUACGGCUUCCGCAAGCUCGUCGAGGGCCGCAACCUCGACAUCAUCCAGCCCGAUGUCAUGUGGCUCGGUGGCCUGACCGAGCUGCUCAAGGUGUCGGCCAUGGCUGCCGCCUACGACAUUCCCGUUGUGCCCCACGCCAGCGGCCCUUACAGCUACCACUUUGUCCUGUCGCAGCCCAACACGCCCUUCCAGGAGUACCUCGCCAACUCGCCCGACGGCAAGAGCGUGCUGCCCGUCUUUGGCGACCUCUUCCUCGACGAGCCCAUCCCCAACAAGGGUUUCCUCACGGCCGCCGACCUCGACAAGCCCGGCUUCGGCCUGACGCUCAACCCCGCCGCCCGCUCCAAGCUCAUCUCCGCCGACAGGUGGCUCAACCCGGCGCCCGUCGCCGCCCUGACGCCUGCCGCACCCGAGGUCGAGGCCCCCAAGGCCGUCGAGGCUCCCAAGGAGGAGGCGGCGCCCGCCGCUGCCGUCGCCGCCCCCGCCGAGGAGGCCAAGACCAACGGAGUCAACGGCACCACCACCAACGGCGUCAACGGCGUCGUCCACGACAUCACGGCCAAGGUGCAGGAGCUGACGACGGGCAGCGCCGAGCCCGUGGCGACGAACUAG